AUGGCGUCGACAAGCCGUGGAGAUGGUUUGACCCUUCCCAGAGUUCACUGCCCCAACCACCCCGAUGCCAUCUUGGUGGAGGACUAUCGAGCAGGGGACAUGAUUUGCCCCGAAUGCGGCCUCGUUGUAGGCGAUCGAGUGAUUGACGUCGGUUCCGAGUGGAGGACGUUCUCGAACGAGAAAGCGCUCAAAGAUCCGUCCAGAGUGGGAGACGCGCAGAACCCGCUGCUAAAUGGAGGAGAUCUUACUACCAUGAUCAGCAAGGGAACAGGCGCCGCUAGUUUCGAUGAGUUCGGCAAUUCCAAGUACCAGAAUCGGCGCACCAUGAGCAGUUCGGACCGCGCAAUGCUCAACGCCUUCAAAGAGAUCACCACCAUGGCCGAUCGCAUCAACCUCCCCAGAAAUAUUAUCGACAGAACCAACAACCUAUUCAAGCAAGUUUAUGAACAGAAGAGCCUGAAGGGUCGAGCCAACGACGCCAUCGCGUCGGCCUGCCUCUACAUUGCCUGCAGACAAGAAGGCGUCCCGCGGACAUUUAAAGAAAUUUGCGCUGUGUCGCGCAUCUCCAAAAAGGAAAUCGGCCGCUGCUUCAAGCUCAUCCUGAAGGCGCUGGAGACCAGCGUGGACCUGAUUACCACCGGAGAUUUCAUGUCGCGCUUCUGCUCCAACCUGGGCCUGCCCAAGCAGGUGCAAAUGGCCGCCACAUACAUUGCAAUGAAAGCCGUGGAGCUGGACCUGGUACCAGGACGCAGUCCCAUCUCCGUGGCAGCCGCCGCCAUCUACAUGGCCUCGCAGGCCUCCGCUGAGAAGAAGACGCAGAAAGAAAUCGGAGACAUCGCCGGUGUGGCGGACGUGACCAUCCGACAGUCGUACCGACUCAUCUACCCUCGCGCCGCCGAACUUUUUCCUCCGGAUUUCAAAUUUGACACGCCGGUUGACAAGCUGCCCCAAAUGUGA